UCAAAUUUCAAGGUUACAUCACCAUUACAAAAUGUACUGAAAAUAGCCACAGUCGCGAAUAUAAAGCCCUUGCGCGAAAUGGCUUUAUGAGUGUGAUGAUGUUUUGAUAAACUUUAUCACACACAAUCGUUCGCUAAAUCACUCUUCAAAUAAUAUGCUUGAGCGAGUCCCAAUAGAAUCGUUUGAUUGGACCCUACACGCACACACUGCCAAACAGCAUGCGCACAGCUGGCAUUCCAGAUGAUAACGCUCUCAUAAAUACGUGUCAGUUCAGUUGCUUUCGCUUUGCUCCAGCACAGUCGUACGACGUCGGAGGCAGCAAGCAGUACUCCCCGGGAUAACGAGCGUAAUAUUGCGGUGCGAUAAUCAGUGAAACAGCUGGCAAAAGAAGUGUGGCCUAGUGAAUCGUUUCCGCCGACGCACCUUGCAUUGACCGGCCGGUACUUUACGCAAAAACCCGUUUGCACUUGUCGUGUGCGUUUGCAAGUGCGAGCAUUGUUUGUUUACAUAUCGCCACGUUUGAUCGGGAGCGCGUUCUUCCAACAGCGAAAUCGUUUCGUUCGGGCCGAGUUCAUUGUGCGGUUCGUGUACGUGCUCACGACGAUGACGAGCGAUCGGAGCGACCUCUGUGUGAAAGUACUGGAAGCUGUACCCAAUUGCGCGCGCUUGUCUCGGCUGUUGGAAUGUUUUUCAAAUGAAUUUGCACGUGCUCCGAGCUUCAUUGUGCGGUGCAGUGGAAGAGUGAACAUUAUUGGUGAGCAUGUGGAUUACUGUGGAUAUCCCGUGUUUCCGAUGGCCAUCGAACAGACGAUCCUGUUGGCGGUGGCUCCCUCGGACGACAAUCUACUGCACAUCAAGAAUGCUGACAACAACUUCAAGCCAUACAAAUGCAAUGUGCUCACUUUUAGCAUUGAUGUCCCCACUGUUGGUGGACCUAACUGGUAUCAGUACGUGUUGUGCGGCGUAAAAGGAAUAUUGGAAAACAGCACCAUACCGCAUGAGGCUCCCCGUGGCAUGAUGAUCAUGCUUUCAGGCAACAUUCCCCCAGCUUCGGGACUUUCUAGCUCGAGUGCUAUCGUUAGUGCCACAGUUCUUGGGACAGCAUACAUGCACAAUGCCACACUGAACAAACAAACUCUGGCCACCAUUUCAGCCGAAUGCGAAAAGUUCAUCGGUACACAGGGUGGCGGAAUGGAUCAGGCCAUUGCAUACCUGGCACAGGAAGGAUGCGCUCAGCUGAUUGAGUGGAAUCCGCUUCGAGCUACUCCGAUUCAACUGCCCGCAAAUGGCGUGUUUGUCAUUGCCAACAGCUUGUCCGAAGCGAACAAGGCGGCCACUUCCGAUUUCAACCAGCGUGUCGUGGAGUGUAGACUUGCUAGUCGACUGCUGGCGAAACAGAUGAAAUUGAACUGGCGCGAUCUGAGCCGUUUCGCCGAUCUGCAGAAGGCGCUUGGCUAUUCUCUGGAGCAGAUGGAAGCUCUUGUGAAUGGCAAUCUGGGGCUGAAUGUGUACACUCGGACGGAUUUACUAAAGUUGCUGGAAGUAACAGAGGAGGACUUUACGAAUAAUCUACUCACGCCAAACACACGCCAUUCGCAGACAUUCAAACUCAGGCAGCGUGCGUUACAUGUUUUGCAAGAGUCACUUCGGGUACAACAGUUUAUAGAAACUGCUCGAACCAAUCCAGACGACAGCAUUUCGCGCAUGAAAUCGCUCAUGAAACAGUCGCAUGAAUCGUUGCGCACACUUUACGAAUGUUCGCAUGAAAACUUGGAUCGCAUCGUCCAAAUAUCGGAUCAACUGGGCGUAGGAACGCGUCUUACUGGAGCUGGAUGGGGCGGAUGCGUUGUGGCACUCUGUGACGGUGUGGAGGAAAGUGAACGCUUUGUCGUGGCACUGAAAACGGAAUUCUAUGCCAACAUUCCCAAGGCACAAACGUGCGAAAUUGGAACCUUGUGCUUUACCACCAGCCCACAAAGAGGAGCCGAAAUUUAUUUGAUCGAGAAACAAAACAACAUUUUGAACCCAACUGCUUAAGGUAUAGAUCAGGGGUCUCCAACCUAGGGCGCUCCGAGCGAUCCCAAGAUUGGCCCUCAGCUGUGGCUAUUCCACUCAAAGCGGCCCACCAUCUAAAAAGUUUGGAGGCCCCUGGUGUAGAUGAUGAUAAAGAUGUUAGGGAUUAUCCAUCAUCAAAAUUUGGUAUUUUUGACCCCCUAUCGUAAUAAAACGUAACGCUGAAAGCACCCUUCUUAUACUAGAAAAUUUUUUAGAAUAGCAUUUACACCCUUAAAACCCCCUUAAAUUGAAAGUCCGUAUAGACACAUGAUCCUAGUUCGUUACUUUCACCAUUUCUAUGUGAGUAAAUUGCGGUUUUCAGUUAUACAAUAAUUGUUUUACCUUCAUGUUCUACUGUAAUGGCUUGGUCAGUUAGUAUACCUUGAUAACUAAUUUUACGAUCAUCCGUGUAGAAGUCGAGACCAAGACCCACAUGGAAGAGUUAGACAAUGACGAUUUAAAUUCUGCAAGAAAAAUAAGAAAUAGUCUUUAAAUAGUUCAGACCUUAAAUCCCCUUUCCCCCACCGCUCUACCAGUGUUACGUAAUACUUUAAUGAUUGUUAGUUUAGUAAAUUAAAGAAUAGUAAAUUUAGUUCUAAUUUUUGGUUAGCCAAAAGCGUGAAGUAUUUUCUCCUAAUUUAGUUACCAAGCUGAAUUAAGCCAUGGCAAGCAUUUUCGGUAAAUCUUUCUUUCACGUGCCACGGCCACAAACAAGCAUAAUCUGCCAUGUUAACUUUAUUUUACUACAUACUAUGGUAUCAGUGGCGGAUUUAACGGUAGGCGGUGCCCGGCGAUUUCCUAGGGGGAACCUCGAAGAACGGAAAUGUGUAUGAAUGUUGGUAGCAGAAGAAAACCUUUCGUCUUGCCAUGGGAUACUUGCCCACAAGGUGUUAUGGGAAAGUGGCCCCUUUUGCUAAGUAAUUCAUUGCCACAUGAUCUAACCAAUUCCCUUUUUUAAAGCGUUUUCCUAGUAACCACUAAUAUAGUUAAGUUAUUAAAAAAUGUUUACAGGCGUACAUUUUCCAUGCCAUAAAUAUAAGAAUGGAUUUAAUCGAGAGAAUCGAAA